AUGGCUGUAAACGUUUACUCGACCUCAGUGACCAGUGAAAACUUAAGUCGCCAUGACAUGCUGGUUUGGAUCAAUGAAGCGCUACAGAUGAACCUCACCAAAAUUGAAAUGUUGUGCUCAGGUGCUGCCUACUGCCAAUUCAUGGACAUGCUGUUUACCAACUCUGUGCCUCUCAAGAAAGUCAAAUUUGGUGCCAAGCUGGAGCAUGAGUACAUUCACAACUUCAAGCUACUACAAGUCUCCUUUAAAAAGAUGGGGGUGGAUAAAAUAAUACCGGUAGACAAACUGGUGAAGGGAAAGUUCCAAGACAACUUUGAAUUUGUUCAGUGGUUCAAGAAGUUCUUUGAUGCCAACUAUGACGGGAAAGAAUAUGAUCCAGUGGAGGCGAGGCAGGGCCAAGAUAGCAUGCCUACACCUGCUCAAGCUUCAUCAGCUCUCAACAAACCCCCAAAGAAAGUCACGAAUCAAGCUCCACAGAGACCACCUGUAGCCAAGGUGGCCCCCAAGUUGAAUCCCUCCAGUGUAAAAAAGCCCGGAAUGGGAGGAAUGGAUGAGGAGAAAGUAGAGCUGAUAAACGAGGUUGAAGGCCUAAAAUCUACAAUUCAUGACAUGGAGAAGGAGAGAGACUUUUAUUUUGGGAAGCUGCGAAGCAUCGAGCUCAUUUGCCAAGAGAAGGAAGAUGAAGGCGACCCCACACUGCUGAGGAUCAUGGAUAUUCUCUACGCCACAGAUG